AUGCUCGUGGCAAACCUGGUGCUGUGGUGCACCGUCGCGGUCAUCCUCGCGCUCAUCGGCACGGACCUCGUGCAGAGCCACUUCGAGCACGUCGGAGAGGUUGCGUGGACGGCGAGGUUCGGUCCCGGCACGCUGCUCUUUGCCGCGCAGGCCGUGGUGGCCUUCGAGGGGAUCGGCAUCGUGCUGCCGGUACGCGAGGCGAUGAGCGAGCCGGAGGCGUUCCCACGCAUGAUCGUCGCGUGCAUGGCCCUCGGCACCGUCGCCUUCCUCGUCUUCGGGAUCUGCUCGUACGCGACCGCAACCUUCGUCACCCUCAACCUGAACGGCGGCGCGGCGCUCGGCGUCCGCGCCGCCUUCGUGCUCACCGUCGUGCUCACCUACCCGCUCCAGUUCUUCCCCGCGAUGGUCGCUCUCGAGGACAAGCUCGGCCUCUCCGACGAGAGCGGCCUGCUGCCCUGCUGCGCGGCGCGCACCUGCCUCGUCCUCGCCGCCUUUGCCAGCUCGCUCUACGCGCCGUACGAGAACCUGAUGGGGCUCGCCGGCGGACUGUGCGCGGUGCCGCUCGCCUUCAUCUUUCCCGGCUGGUUCCACUUGCGGCUGUGCAAGCCGCGGUACGGCGAGGGGCGCGCCCUCGAUAUCACGCUCGUUGCGUUUGGAGUUGUGAUGGCGCCAGUCGCGGUGGUCAGCGCCAUCCUCUCCUGGCACUGA